CAGCGCAUGAAAAAAACAGCGAGGAAAAAAGACAAGAGACGCCCCCGCCCCGCCUCCUACCAAGCCCGUCUCUCCCCCACCUCCGCCGCACCGACUCGUCAAUCCUCGUGGCAUCCUCCCCCCCGGCGAAUCUCACGGCUUAUGGUAAGCGGUGAGUGAUCUACCACUGACAGUGCAAGAAUGGAUGGAAAUAGUGAGAACAUCCAAUUCUCAUGGGGAAAGCGUAGAGCAAAGGGCGGUGCUAAGAUGGAUACACAGUUUUAUGAGUCCUUCACAUUGGACAAUGUGAAAUAUUCAUUGUAUGACUGUGUCUAUCUGUUUAAGCAUGGUGAUCCAGAACCAUACAUCGGGAAAAUAGUGAAGAUUUGGGAGCAAAAUCAGGCUAAGAAAGUAAAAAUUCUUUGGUUUUUCCUCCCUGAUGAGAUUCAGAAAUAUUUAAAAAGCCCUGUGAAGGAAAAGGAGAUUUUUCUUGCUUCUGGUAAUGGUAUUGGGCUUGCAGAUAUCAACCCGCUGGAAGCUGUUGCUGGAAAAUGUACUGUUAUAUGCAUUUCAAAGGACGAGAGGAAUCGCCAACCUUCCCCUCAGGAACAAGCAAUGGCUGAUUAUAUCUUCUAUAGGUUCUUCGAUGUUAACACUUGCACACUUUCCGAGCAGUUGCCUGAUAAAAUUGCAGGGCUGGAAGUUAAUGUUCUGCUGAAUCCAAAAGAUGAGCUAGUCAUAUCCAGUCCGAAUGCAGCUAAUGUUCUGCUGAAUGCAAAUGUGGAUGAGGAUCUGGCUGCCACAGUCCCCCCAUCCCGUUCAGUAGUUAAAGAGGAGGAAAGUCCGGAUGCUGCAGUUCCCCUUUCUCAGCCAGCAGUUAAGGAGGUGGAUGCAAAUCCGCCUGCCACAGUUCCUCUUGUCCAAUCAGUGGUCAAGAAGGAGGACCAGAAACCAGUUGCUGCCAUUCCCCUUUCCCCGUCUAUGGUCAAGAAAGAGGAUAAGAAAUCAGUCGCUGCCAUUCCCCUUUCCCAUUCAGCGGUCGCAGGGGAUGAGAAACCAGUUGCUUUAACUCCCCCUCCACGGUCAGCUGCUGCAGAGAACAUUCCCAAACAAAGACAGUCACAGAAUGCUCACACUGGGGAGAGGCCGACAAAAAAGUUGAAAUUAACCCAAGAAGCUACAGUGAAGGGCACGACCCCAGCUACUACUGAAAAAAGACCUUUGGAGCUACCAUCAAGACAAGCUGACAGAAGCAAAUGGUUUAAAAUUCCAUGGGAUGACAGACUACGGAUAGCUGAUGAGCAGGGGACACUUGUGUAUAUUCAAAAUCUUGAUAUUCAGUUUGCAGCUGCUGACAUAGAGGAGCUGGUUCGUGAGGCACUACAGCUAAGUUGCAUCGCAAAGCCCAUUAACCACCCCACUUAUGAUGAUCCAAACAAUGGAAAAGCAUAUGCUAUAUUCAAAACUAAAAAUGCUGCUGAUGUGGCUAUUUCCAAAAUCAAUUCAGGCUUGGUUGUUGGUGGAAGACCUCUUUAUUGCAGCAAAGGGUUACUUAAGGUUCCAAAAUCUUCAGGAACUCUUGUUGGGCACUUGUCCUUAUAUAAUUUUAAAAUUGGUCAAAAGCAGAGAGAAGAGCAGAAGAAGGCUGUAUCGACCUCACAUUGUUCUCAGCCUAACACGAUUGAGUAUGACCUGGCCUUGGACUGGAUGCUUCUUCGAGAAAAGCAAGAGAAAAAGUUUGAAAUACUUCACAAGCGGCAUAAAGAUGACAGGAGAGGGUUUGCAAGUAUCGGCGGCAGGAUUGCGAAGGCAGGGAAGUAGCAGGCUGGUUCUUUGUGCCAUAUCAGAUGGACUUCUUAAUUAUCACCUUUUGGAGCUUGGUGGUCAUUCAUAGAAGCAGUAUUUCUUCUCACGGAAGAGGGUUGUGCACAGAGGUUUCGUUUUGGUUCGAGUCAUCCAUUCAUUGAGGGACUAACUGUAGCGAAUCGUGACUGCUGAUGUUAAUCCAUGUUAGAAAGGAAAAGGGGAAACAAAUCCAAGGACAGCUUUAGAAGUCAGAGUAGCCUAGGCAGAACUAGCCAAUGCAGCAAGUUUGGUAGCGUUAGGUUGUUUUAGGCUAACAUAUGGUUACCAGUUAAUGUACGCCAGUGUACCAAUGAUGCGCAUAACUUGCUGCGCCUUGGGCAGCUAUUCAUGGAAUGUAUAUAUCUGCUGAGUCCAUGGCUCUGGCACCGGUUUAUGAACCCUCUA